AGCUGAAACAAUACCUGGUGGAACUAGUUCUCAGUGAGCGAGAAGCCGUCAACGUAAAGGAAGAAUCAUGGUGGUUCGAGGACGAACACGGUGGAGUCGUGAAAUGGAAUUGGCCUAUCGGUCUGUUAUACGACAUUUACGUAUCCUCCAAGACUGUAGCGCUCGCUGCUGUUCAUCCUCCCUCUUCAUCACCUGGUCUACAACCAGCAGUACAUCCGCAACCAACGAUUCCACUACGCCUCACGCUUCACCUGGUGCCAAUGGGCGGCAGCGACAAGACGCCGUCCCAUUCGCUACCGAGUGCCGCAAACCAAGAAGCGCUCAAGCAAUCCUUCAUGGCACAACUCAAGGAAGCAGAUUUUCUUCGAUGGGGAA